UUCAAGAAUGUUGACACGUCCUGCCCGAGGAGAUGAUGUGUAUAUUUUGUACACAACGGAGCUGACGCCGAUAACAAGUCGGUGUCUGAAUUAACUAAUCGAUCAUUGAGUCUUUGUUUUGAGCUCAGAGCCACACACGGGCGGCAGGGAGCCGAGUGACGAGCUGUAAAAGUUGGAAACCUGAGCUGAAUUUCCUCGGCGGUGUCGGUGACUCCCAGCUGUCAUGUUGGCCGUGCUCUCCGUCCUGACUGCCGCCCUCUGGCUCUCCUAGCUGGGGUGGGUAUACAUGGGGGAUCGUAUCACCAGAGGAUGGAGGAUUUAACCUGGGACCAUUAUGGCUGCUGUGACGGUGUGGCGUUACACCAGUGGCCGUGUCCUCGGAGGAUGGGGCCCGCUGCUGUGUGUGCUCCUCGGCUCUCUGGUAGCCCUCCUGAUGCCCCUGGUCGGGGUGGAGAACCAGUGCUGCGCCGCCCUGAAGGGCAUCGCUCAGCUCCGCUGCCAGCUGUGGGGAGGCUCUCAACAGCCUCCAGCUGUGCAGUCCACCAGCCUCACCGUCCCCUUCACCGCCCUUGAUCUGCUGCCUCACAGGUCCAAGCCCAGCAAAGAGAUGGAGCUGGAGGCCAAAGCGGCGCUGCAGCAGGCUCUGGAGAUGAAGAAACUGGGGAAGAGGGAGAAGGCUCACAAGCUGCUGGUGCAUGCACUGAGUAUGAACCCUGAUUUCGUGGAUGCCCUGACAGAGCUGGGGACCAUUCUGGAGGAGGAGAAGGAUGUCGUCCAGGCAGACCACCUCUACACCAAGGCCUUGGCCAUUUCUCCAUGUAAUGAGCGGGCCUUGGUCAGCCGAGACAGAACUCUGCCCUUGGUGGAAGAGAUUGACCAGCGUUACUUUGGCAUCAUUGACAGUAAAGUGCGCAGGCUUAUGUCCAUUCCCAAAGGCAACUCUGCACUCCGACGAGUGAUGGAAGAAACCUACUACCACCACAUCUAUCACACGGUGGCCAUUGAAGGCAGCACGCUCACUCUGUCUGAAAUCCGUCACAUCAUCGAGACGCGUUACGCCGUUCCUGGGAAGAGCCUGCAGGAGCAGAACGAGGCCAUCGGUGUGGAUGCGGCCAUGAAGUACAUCAACACCACGCUGUUGUCCAGAUCAGGAACCAUGACUGUCAGUGACAUCCUGGAGAUUCACCGGCGGGUGCUCGGGUAUGUGGACCCCGUGGAGGGAGGCAGGCUGCGCACCAGCCAGGUGUUUGUGGGCCACCACAUCCCACCCCACCCUCAAGACUUGCAGAGACACAUGCAGGAGCUGGUUCAGUGGCUCAACUCGGAUGAGGCCCUGCAGCUGCACCCUGUGGAGUACGGAGCUCUCGCCCACUACAAACUGGUGUAUGUGCACCCAUUUGUAGACGGCAAUGGACGCACAUCACGCCUGCUCAUGAACCUUGUGCUCAUGCAAGCGCGAUACCCACCGAUCACAAUUCGCAAAGAACAAAGGGCUGAAUAUUAUGCAGCUCUAGACACAGCUAAUGAGGGUGAUGUGCGGCCUUUCAUUCGCUUUAUAGCCAAAUGUACAGAGAUAACAUUAGACACAUUGUUGAUUUCUACAACAGAGCACGCUGUGGGGCUGCCGGGAGCCAGAGAGGACCAGGCCUGUCCCGACUGCAAACAGACCAUCCCCAUCCACAACUGAGACAGAAGAAGAAUAGGCAUGAAACGCUAGCAUGCAGAGAUAGGUUUUGAUGAAUCUGAUGAAUAACAAUCUUAUCAUAAAAUGUGUUGAAUUGCCUUGACCCUGGGCCGUAUUCUACCUUACUGUCCCUGUGCCUCGGUUUCAGUUCUAUCCUGCUGAAUUCAUUGAAACUGCUGCAGGAUGUUGAAUUGAUAUCAGAUUUUUCUGCGUUUAGGUUUGCUUUUAUACAAAUCUUUUUCCUGCACAAUGAAAAGCUACAUUUUUUUUUCCACUUUUAGUUUGUAAAAAUGUUCCCAUAGGUAUUCAAUGCAUUUUUAUUCUCAUCAGAAUUCAAUCUGAGGUUUGACUACUGGUGAUGUGAAACAAAGCUUUAUCAUGUCGUUUGACUUGAGAUGCUUCAGUGAUUUUCACUGCAGAUAUGUACAGUGUGUGAACGUUUAGUUCACUAUGUCUCAUAACACUGAAAGCACUUUGUCUGAUUAUUUAUUUUAUUUUAAAAUACAAGUGUUGUAUUAACUUUCAUUAUGUCUUCAGGUUAUAAACUUUUAGAAUGAACAUGCUGUGAGUGUCGUACUGGGAUCAAAGAUGAUUUACAGAACUUUAUUAAAACAAGUUUUAGAGCAGAAAAAAACAUGACAUAA